AGUACAACGCGUGCCAUUCGCGUCGCGAGGCAGGCGGGGGAAAGGAGGGCGAGGAGGAGGACUCUUUUUUCCCGGCUUGCACUGCUCCGCAGCGCGUUGCGUCAUCGGGCGCCGGGCGCGCAGGGUCAUUCUCUGCGUGGCCGGCUCCGGGUGCGGUCGGACGUUGGAGAUCUUCCGUCAUGGCUUCUACUGGGACUCACGCUUCUCCCGCCGCUGCGGCCCUCCCGCUCGCCUCGGCGCCGCCGCCUCCCCCUCAGGCCGCUCCUCCUUCUCUUCUCCCCGCGGGGAUCCUGAUCGGGGACCGGCUCUACUCCGAGGUCUCGCUGACCAUCGACCACUCGCUCAUCCCUGAGGAGCGCCUCUCGCCGACGCCUUCCAUGCAGGACGGGCUAGACCUCCAAAGCGAAACCGACUUGCGCAUCCUGGGCUGCGAGCUCAUCCAGGCCGCCGGCAUCCUCCUCCGACUGCCGCAGGUGGCGAUGGCGACCGGACAAGUCCUGUUUCAUCGCUUUUUCUAUUCCAAGUCUUUCGUCAAGCAUAGUUUCGAGAUUGUUGCCAUGGCCUGCAUCAAUCUUGCUUCCAAAAUUGAAGAAGCACCUCGUCGCAUAAGAGAUGUGAUAAAUGUUUUCCAUCACUUGCGCCAGUUAAGAGCUAAAAGGACUCCCAGCCCAUUGAUACUUGAUCAGAACUACAUAAACACCAAAAAUCAAGUAAUCAAAGCAGAAAGGAGGGUGCUGAAGGAAUUGGGAUUUUGUGUUCAUGUCAAGCAUCCACAUAAGAUCAUUGUUAUGUACUUGCAAGUCUUGGAAUGUGAACGUAAUCAAACCCUCGUCCAGACAGCUUGGGUAGUCCCUGAUGGUAAGUCAUAGAACUCUGCCCUCUGCAGCACAGCUCAUGACCUGAGGAUGGCCUGAUUGGCUGCCUCUCUCUCCAGCCAAUCCAGUGCAAGCUCUCAGCCAAGAUUUACUGAAGUGGCCCAUAUCCAUCUGGCAGCAUCUUCUAGUUCUGUCGGGGUGUCGAAAGGAUUUGUAUAUUUGAUUCUAGAAGUACUUGUUCAACAUAUGAAAUGUGUACUGUUUUUCUAGUUAUUGUAGUUAUUACACGAGUCAUAAACUGGGUACUUACUGUAGUUCUAGCCAUAAUGAUUCUUUAUUAACUGCUUUUCCAGUUUUGUCUAAAUUUAGAUUUUAAUUAUUUGGGUUUUUUUUAAUUUGUGGGAAUUGCAUGCAAAAGCUAGUAUGCACCUACAUAUUUAGUGUCUGUAUUGAGCUCAGAUAUCCCACUGUUUAGACAUCCACAGUAAAUCAUUUGACUUGUUGGUGGUUCUCCCUUCUGUUCAGAAUAGAAACUUCAUAAUUACAUUCUGAAAUAGUAUUUUUGAAAUGCUAUAUUGAAAGGUAAGGCAAACCUUUGCUUUUUUAAAACAUUACUAUAGAGUAUGUUUAUAACAUUUAUUCAGAUGUGACUUUGCAUAGAUUUUGCAAGGUCUACUAGAAUGUUGCAGCCUUGCCUAUGCUAUAUUGAAGUGUAUUGAAGUCACUCAUUCAAACAAAUAUAUAGCAUGUUGCACACAAAUCCCAUUGAUUUGAAUAGGAAACUUACAUUAUACAAAUCAAAUCAGUGGGCUAUAACAAUGAUGAAUUGGUCAAAUCAUACCACAUUAAGUUUUUUUUUUAUAGGUAUCAUGAGUGAUGCUUUCAAUUAUUAAAUUUGAUAAUUGUAAACAUGUUGUAGGGGAUAACAUCUUUACAUGCUUGAAAUACAAGUUAAUAUUUUAAUUGUGUUGAGUUAUUGUCUUGGUCAUAUAAACACCUUAUUUGCAACUUAAAUUUUAGUUGAUGGGGACACUUCAUGGGAUAUUUUUUAAUUAUGAACCACAAAAUACAUUAUAACAUUUUAAGAUUUUAAUGCUGACCAUCUUUACCAUCACCUUAUUGUGGUGAUGAAGACUAAAUUCAAAGUAAAAUUGAGCUUGUGCUUUGAGAUUCCAGAGAGAUGACUAGACCCCGUUUGUUACAGUGGUCCAGGGGCAUUUGAAGCAUUUUGUCUUCAAGAGAUAUUUGAUUUAAUAAGCCAUCUUUGAGGCAUGUUACUUGACACAGUGAUAUCUAAAUUUCUGGAACGAAGAAAAAAUAAUAAAGUAGAUUGAGUCUCCAAAUGUGUAUUUUGAUUUCAUAGUAGACUUCGAACUUGAAAGACAUUCAAAUUCUCCAUUCUCUUUUGAUAUUUUUU